AUGGCGCCUCGUGGACCCGGUCGGGGAUGUGAGAGAGAUCGUACUAGUACUCAGGAACCGGAAAUCAACCCGAAUAACCUGUUGGUGCCUGAAGAGCAGUGUGUUGAAUUUGCUACCUAUCUGCUCACGGGGAAAUCAUCGCAUUGGUGGCAAGGGGCUCGACGUCUCCUGCAGCAGGGGAAUGAUCCUAUCACCUGGGGUGCCUUCCAAGUGGAAUUUUAUAAGAAGUACUUCCCGAAUUCUGCUAGAACGGUCAAGGAACUUGAAUUACUGCAACUGAAGCAGGGUACAAUGUCCGUAUCUGAGUAUACGGAUAAAUUUGAGGAGUUAUUCAGGUUUUCUCGUAUGUGUCAAGGAACCCCGGGAGACUCUGAGGAAUGGAAGUGUAUUAAGUAUGAGGGAGGACUUCGAAGUGAAAUCCUGAGCUCCGUUGGACCGAUGGAGAUUAGGGUCUUCUCUAAACUUGUGAACAAGAGCCGUAUUGCUGAAGAAUGUGUGAGGAAGGCUGUUGAGGCAAAGAAUGACCAUUGGGAGUCCUACCACAGGGAGCACAAUCAAGAGUACCCAACAAGGGGUCAAGAGUUUAAGAGAAGAGGAUACCCACAACGUUUUCCCCAAAGGCGAAAUGACCUUGCGACGAAUAAGAAUUCCCAAGGAAAAGGUAGGGAAAAACAAAUAGUGGCUGCUUUGGAUGUUUUGAGCUGUCAGAGAUGUGGAGGUCAUCACCCAAAUAGACCGUGUCGUUAUGGUUCGGGUUUGUGUUACAAUUGCGGAAAGCUAGGACAUUUGGUCAGAGAUUGCCCACACCGGAAGGACCGGGAGACUGCUAGGUCCGAUUUUCAUACCUGA